UUCCGCCCUUUUUUCCGCGCGCUCUCUGACGUCACUUCCCCUUCACGCGAAAUAUGGCUGCUGCCAGUAUGGGCGAAGCGGCACGGUCGGUGCUCAGAGAUGUAGUCAUAAAGACCGAGCCGGAACUCGAGGACGAGGUGCUCUGCACCACCGGGGCCGUCCCGGUUUGGCGCGAGCCGGUCGUGCCCCUCUCGUCCCCGGUCAGCGGGCUGCAUCCGCUGUCCUGGUCGCAGGACCACCGCCUGUCCGUGUGCACCGCCAACUCCCUGACGCUGAUGGAGCUGGUGUGCGACGUCCACAGCAACAAACAGGACCUGACGCUGCACAGGACCUCCAUCCCCGUCCCGACAGAAACUUCCAGACUGCGGGUGGGGCCAUCAGCAGAGCUAGCAAAAGCUAUGGAGAAGUUCACAGUGCACCCUGACCCCACAGUGAGGCAAGAAUUUCUGGCCGAUAGGGUGAUAAACCCCUCUGUAGGUGUCCACAAAGGAAUAAAGUACGCCAGCUGGUCGCCACUGGGUUGUGAUGCCAGCGGACGCUGUCUGCUCGCCUCCCUGACACUCGAAAACAGACUUACGGUUCAUCACAGCCAAAAGCGACACGAGUGGAGCAUGUUGGUGGAUCUUACCAAAAAAUACAGCGAGCUGCUAAAGGAGCGGGGCUACGCCAAAAAAGACCGACCCCCAGAGGGGAACCUGCAGGACUUCGACGAGUUUCAGCGGCGUUUCCGCAUGCAGACGCCUCUGAGAAUGGAGUGGUCCAGCCUUUACGCGACCAAACAGGUCCAGCCGGACAACUCGUGCGUGGACGCGGAGAUGGUCCUCCUCGCGGUCCUGAUGGAAAACGGGGAUCUCGUCCUGUGGAAGUUUCCCUUGCCUUUCGCAGACGGGGAAGACGCGGCCUUCUUCGACCUCAUCGAAUCGGGCGUGGACCGGCCCAGCGACUUGGCGUGGUGGGAGUACGAGAGCGCAGGCCGCCGCAUGAGCGGCCUGAUCGUCGGCAGCGCGGUGGGACCGGUCAAGAUCAUGCCGGUCAGUCUGUCUGGGGUGAAGGGCUAUUUCACCCUCCGACACCCGGUCGUCCUGUGGAAGGAGUCGGACGAAAUCCCCGUGGAAAACAUCCGGUGCAUCCCCCUUUUCCACCCCGUCCACAAAUGCAGCUGCAGCCUCAUCGUGGCCUCGCGCGGCUGCUACGUCUUCUGGUGUUUGCUGGUCAUCUCGCCGGCUGGGCUGAACGUGCACAACUCGCACAUAGCGGGACUCCACUCGCUCCCCGUGGUCUCGCUGGCGUUCGGGCAGAACGAUGUCGCCGUGUACACGUGUUCCACGGACGGCUGGAUCAAGAAGCUGACGCCGACCUUCGCGGAGGCGUCUCUGGUUUUCAAGCAGGAGGACUUGUUGCAGCCCGAGGUGCUCGCGGGGAGAAGGAUACACGGGAUCGCAGUGAGCCCCAACGCCGCAUACGUUUCCAUUGUCAGCACUCAGGGUAUGAUUGACAGCUUUCACCCCAUGACCAGGACGUACCAGGUUCACUUUGUGGCGCUGAAGGCGCCGGAAACUGCCUCCGAGCUCCUGCUCCGCUCCACGACGCAGAACCUGUACAAGACGGCCGACCUACUGGACCUGGUCCGAUGGCACGUUCUGAAAAACAGGGCCUUCCCCGUGCCGCUGCGGGAGGAGCUGGACCGGAAAACGCAGGAAGGGGAUUCGCUGUACUUUUGCCGCUUGAAGCUGUUCUUGGUGCACGUACUUCAGAAAUCCCUGCAGGCACGCGCCGGUCACAGCUGGAAACCGCCACCUGUGGAGACCAGGGGGCUGGAAAGGGAGGAGGAGCAGGUCAAACCGGAGGUGGAGGAGAAUCAUGAGGAGCGCAUUGCCGAGCUGCAAGAAUUGAUGACCACUAUGGAAAUCCACCUCAUAAGGGAAAAUAUGAAGAGGGUUUUGGGGGUGGUGUACCUCAACACAUGGAUUACACAGAACACCAGCAUACCCACCUGUGGCCUGAUGGAUUAUCUCUCCAGAGAUGCUAACGACAGAGCGUCCGAGCUCGCGCCUGGCGCCUCUGGCGGGCGCAGACUCUCCUCGCCGUGCCCGGCGGUUGCUCCUCAGUGCUGUUUCCGCCCAACUUUUUUGGCUCGUGCGCUCGCCUGUCUGUGUGUGUGUGUGUGUGUUCCUGUCCCCGUCCCCGCCAUCCAGCUUUCUUAUGUGUUUGUCGUGGUCUGCUCCAGGUGUGUGUUGUCAUACCAGGCCUGCCAGACUCUGACGUUCAGACGGUGCCUCCUGCUGGAUAGCAUUGCGAGACUGCCAGAGCCUGAGGAUCCAGAAUGGAUCAAGAAGAUCCUGCAGGCCCCCUGCGUGCUCUGUGACUCACCAAUGAUCUAGAACGUUGUUUUUUGGAGAAGCCUCAUGUGGUGCCACGUGACCCUCUGGACCCAGAAUUCAACGUGGCUGCUACAACAAACUUAACUGAAUGUACAGGAUAUUUAGUUAUUAAUGUUAUUAUUUUUUAACUCUGUCUUAAAAGUUGAAGUAAAAGGCUUUUAUUA